AUGGCUGUGGAGAUGGCUGGGGGUUUGGCAGGCGUAGGGGGCAUCCAGAGUGAGAAGGAUACCUUCAAGGACCUGAGGGCUCAGAUUUUUGCAUGUUCUGUGGACAUUGCCUAUGUUGUUCUACAGAUUGGCAAUGCCCAUCUUACUGCUAAUGACUUCAGAGUCAGGUAUGAAAUGGAGCUGGUUAUGCACCAGUCUGUGCAGAGUGACAUCAAUGGGAUUCAAAAAGCAAUUGAUGACACCAAUAUCACUCGGAUGCAGCUGGAAACAGAGAUUGAGGCUCUCAAAGAGGAGCUGCUUUUCAUGAGGAAGAACCACAAGGAGGAAGUACGUGGUGUACAAAUCAGAUUGCUAGAGAAACAGAUUGCCAACUCUGGAUUGAGUGCAGAGUUGGACCUCAAUGACAUCAUGGCAAACAUCCAGGCCCAGUAUGACAAGCUGGCUCAGAAGAACACAGAGGAUCUAGAUAAGUACUGGUCCCAGCAGACCAGGGAAAGCACCAUAGUGGUCACCUUGCAAACCUCUGUGACAGGAGCUGCUGGGAUGACAUUCACAGAGCUGAGACAUGUGGUCCAGUCCUUGGAGAUCAACCUGGACUCGAUGAGAAACCUGAAGGCCAGUUUGGAGAACAGCCUGAAGGAGUUGGAGACCUGCUAUGCCAUGCAGAUGGAACAGCUCAACCAGAUCCUGCCACACCUGGAGUCAGAGCUGGCCCAGACCUGGGCAGAGGGGCAGCAUCAGGCCCAGUAUUAUAAAGCCCCGCUGGAUAUCAAGUUCAAGCUGGAGGGGAUCAUUACCUACCUGGAAAAAUAAGAUGACUUUGAUCUUGAUGACACCCUGGAUAAUAGCUGCUCUAUGCAAACAAUCCAAAAGACCACCACCUGUAGGAUUUUAGACAGCAAAGUGGUUUCUGAGGUCAAUGACACCAAAGUUCUGAGGCAUGAAGGCAGCAGAAACAGGGCACCCCUUGGAGGGGGCAGGAGGCCAAUAAAAACUUCAGAAACCACUAAACAUUAA